AUGUCUUCUUGGGUGGUGGAGUCUGUUCAGGCAGAAAUAGGGGCCUCUGUGCCCUGGCCUGAUGAUGUGGCCCUAUACCAACCAUAUGAAGUGGAGCAGAUUCUUCUUCCUGAUUCUGCAAAUUGUCUCAGUGUGAAAACCUUUCUGCACAUGUGUGGCCUAAAUUUUAAUUUAGAACUUCGGGUCAAUGCAGAGGAAAUGUCUCCAUCUGGAAAAGUUCCUUUUAUCAAAGUUGGUGCAUUCCUUAUCUCAGAAUUAGAUCCUAUUAUUGCCUUUGUGAACACCAAAGGUUUCCAUAUCAGCAAACACCUGUCUGACACCCAGCAAUCUGAGAUGAGAGCUUACAUGGCACUGGUGGAAAAUGUGCUUGUCAAUGCUGAGCUUUAUUUGUCUUGGUGCCAUGAGGAUGUAUAUUAUGAGAUCACUAAACCUCGCUAUAGUUCAUGUUAUCCAUGGCCAAUCAACCUGAUUCUACCUCUGAAAAAGUUUGCAGAAAUUAAAAGCAGGUUAAGCAGUAUUGGUUGGUACAACAAGUCAUUUGAAGAUGUUUGUGAAGAGAUUAAUACAUGCUGUCAGGCUCUCUCUGAAAGACUUGGUAACCAAGCUUACUUUUUUGGUGACAAACCUACAGAACUUGAUGCCUUAGUAUUUGGCCACCUAUUCACACUGAUCACAACUGAUCUGCCAGUAACAAAAUUUGCUGAAGUCAUUCAAAAGUAUGAAAACUUGGUUGAUUUCUGUGAUAAAAUUGAAGAUACAUAUUUCAAAAAGAAAAAUCUAAAAGCUUGA